UCCCCUUGGCAUUUUUCGCUCGGCACGGUCACACCAUUCGGCUGCUGACGUGCCGCAAAAGAAAAUUGUUUACGCCGAAAAUUGUUGAAUCGCAGCUUGUGAAUUGCACAAAAUGUUGGACAUCCAGACGCAUAUGGACUUCGCGGGUCAGGGAAAGGCGGAGCGCUGGUCGCGCUUCAUCAUCACGUUCUUCGGAAUUGUGGGCCUCGUCUACGGAGCCUUCGUGCAGCAGUUCUCACAGACCGUGUACAUCCUGGGCGCCGGAUUUGUGCUCUCCUCGCUGAUCACCAUUCCACCGUGGCCGCUGUACCGUCGCAAUGCGCUCAAAUGGCAGAAACCCAUCGAUACGGACGCCAAGUCGUCGAGCUCCGAGUCCGGCGACGAGGGCAAGAAGAAGAAGAAGCAGUAGAAUCAGUGGGAUCAGUAGUUAGUUAGGCCAGCAGUUACGUGUACUUCUCACUACAUCCAAUAUAAUAUAUAUAUAUACAUAUGU